UUUAGAAUGAGAAAGAGUAAAACUAAUUUGAAAGAAAAUUCUCAGUGAGUAAAUAAUCAGCUGCUUCAGACUUGAGCUGCCAAUAUUCAGACUAAAAGAAACAGGUCAAGAGAUAAAUGGACACAUGAAGAACACUUACAAUUUAUUAACAGCCUCAAAGCAUAUGGCAAAGACUGGGAUAAAAUUGAUCAAAUGAUUCCCACAAGGAGUUCCAUCCAAAUCAGGUCUCAUGCUCAGAAAUAUUUUGCUGUAAUUAAGAAGACCUUCAACUCAGAUGAUCCGGUGAAGCUAAUUCAGCAAGGAAUGUGAGACCAGUCGCCAUUCUACAAGUUUGACAACUCAGAAUUUACUCAGUCUCUACAAGAGUAUCAGCGAGAUGAAGUUAAACACCAAGAAAUUAACCCUGACUUGAAGAAGCUAUCACAGGUUAAUGGUCCUAACCCAUUUACUACUGAAAAUGAGCUUCAAAAUAACCAAAGAGAAGAACCCCACACAAACUGUAACUAAAAGAGAUCUCAAGGGCCUGAGGAAGUAUCGAGAUAACUCCAGUUCUUACGAGUUCUUCCAAUCUAAAGCUGAAAGGAGCUAUGCAAAGUCUGAUCACUCCCAAACAGACAAAAAUAGAACUAGGAAGAGACUAAAGCAUUCAGAGAAAAGACAAGCAUGUCUUGCUGAGAAUACCAAAGAAGAUUGUGGUUUAAAGAAGAGAAUUAUAAAAUGAAAGAAAGACCAAGAGAAGCAGAGGACCGUCGAGAGUAGUCAGCAUCCACUGAAAAUUAUAUUAGAUAAUAAUAAGCUGGCUGUUCAGGGUAAUAAUAUUGAGUCAAAAGUUCCUUGUAUGAUGGUAAAAACCUGAAAUAAUUCCAAGACCAUACUUCCUCUGCAGCCUGCUCGUAUCAUGGUUCUUCCACUAGAUAAAGAUGGAGUUUUGGAACUGACUAAAGAGAGCUCAACAGGGAAUGUUUUAUGAACAAGUUCAAUUAAGCAAGCUCCUCUUCCUAACUUAAAACUUUACUCAGCUGAUAAAGGAAAGUUUGUGCCGAAGGAUAGUCCAAUUCAGAUACAGAAUGAAAGGAAGGAGAGAGACAUUCAUAUGGAGAACAUUCAGGCUUUGAACACUCCUGUCCCAACAGAGCAACAUUUAACGCUGCAUAAUUCUAAAACUAUUAUUACUAGGUUAAUCCAGAAUGUUAUGCAGAAUUACUGCCACUGUUACUACUAGAUAUGUUCGGCAGUAAGACUUUUAUUGAGACUUCAGAGGACAAAAUU